AUUUCGUCAGUCAGCUGAGACGGGUAAAUGUCACGGAUUAGGCUUGAGUAUUUAAACGUAAAAUCAACCACAUGCGUUGUUAAACAUGUGACUACAAUGAUAAGGAACGCUUCCUGUAACAAAAAGAUAACAAAGCCAUGUGAUUGACAUUUUAACAAAAAUGACAAAAACUCUGGAAGAUACGGUAGUACAUGACAACAGCACUGACAACAGUCAUCAUGACUCUGUUGGAGAUUCCCAUGACAACAGCACCGAUAGCCUUAACCUUUUACCCAAAGUGACGUUCAAUGUUGGAGAAGAUGACAGUAGCUCAGUGGGAGAGAGAGCGGAGAGUGUAGGAGAUGUUAAACCAGUAGUCAAGGAGAAAGCUCCUGAUGGAGGUUGGGGAUGGUUUGUGGUGCUAGGUAGUUUCUUGGAACAUAUUAUUAUGGGUGGGUUUGAGAGAUCUGAUGGUAUUCUGUAUCUGAAAUUAAUCAAACAGUUUAAUGGCAGUGCGUCUGCUACAUCAUGGGUUGGUUCCCUUACUUCCACAGUGAGACUAAUGCUUGGACCGUUAUCAAGUGGUUUAUGCGCAAGGUUUACGUGUAGAAGUACUACAUUUGUCGGAGCAAUAUUGAUGAGUCUAGGUGUUUUACUCAGUGGCUUAGCACCAAGUUUAGGCUAUCUGUAUCUUACUUAUGGUAUAAUUGGAGGAUUUGGACGUAGUUUAGCAUAUGCUCCCGGGUUGAUUAUAGUUGGUAUAUAUUUUGAUAAGAAACGUGGAUUAGCUACUGGAAUUGGAUCAGCUGGCGUUGGAAUGGGAACAUUAAUCAUACCUUUAGCGUUUGAAUAUGUUUUUGAAGUGUUUGACUAUUUUGGUGCGUUUUUAAUCCUAAGUGCCAUUCCAUUAAACCUGUUUAUUUGUGCCAUGUUGUUCCGGCCUCUUCAUGUCCAUAGACAGAUUGUCCAGGCAGGAUUACGGAAAACUUUAUCUCAAAAUACUGCGCUCCGUCUAGAGGAAGGAAUACCACUUUCACCAACUGUGGUUACCUUGGAAACAAAUCAGACUGGAGAAGAAGCACCAAGACAACAAAAUAUUUUGAAAAGAUUUUAUCAAAAGUAUAUUACAUCUAGUGAAACGGAGAAAAAAAAAUCCCAAAAAUUGUUUGAAUUCUCACUACUGAAGAUUCCAUCAUUUUUAUUCUUUUGUAUUGGAAUUGCAAUUUUCACAGCAUCAUUUAAAUCCGCGUUUACAUUUUUACCAGCUUUAGCCAAAUCAAAAGGUUGUUCUGAAAGAGAGGCAGCUAUCAUGUUAUCGGUAACAGGGGUAGCAGAUGCAUUUUCGAGAAUAAUAUCAGGAUAUAUUCUAGAACUGAAGCCAGUAAAACCAUUCCGUCCGAUUAUCUACAAUUCGUUGAUGUUUGCAGUUGUUAUCGUGUCCAUUUUGUGCCCGUUUGCUUGGGGAUUUGUAAGUUUUUGUUUGCUAGGAUGCGCGUAUGGUUUAAUAACUGGAGGAUACAUCAGUCAGAAAUCUGUGAUUAUCGUGGAUAUUCUUGGAGCUGAUAAAAUUACACAUUCCUUUGGUUUGAUGAUCUUCUUUCAAGGUAUAGGAACCCUGAUUGGUCCUCCUUUAUCAGGCGCAUUAAAAGAUUUUUUUGGAGCAUAUGAUGAAGUUUUCUAUUUUUGUAGCGGAUUGAUGUUUGUCGCGGGACUAGUGAUGAUUGCGUCAAAUAUCUGUCGUAAUCUACAGAUUAAAAAGGAUAAGAAACUAGAACGUGCUAUAGAAGUGACAGAAGAUGAAAACAAACAGGUUUUACCUCUGAAUGAAUGAA